UGUUGUGACCAAGAGCAGGAGAAGAAUUGGAAGCAGAAGAAAAAGCAACACGCAACAACAACAUUUUCAGUUUGGCGAAACAAAGCCCGCCGCUGGGUCAGCCAGUAGUCGUCAGUGAGGCCGUAAAGCUUCUGAUGAUCAGUUUUGAAAACGAAACGAACGCGUGCUCCCGUGUUUCUCGCAUCACCUAUAACAACGGCAGCAGAACUCGUUUUAAUGCUAAGCCGGGUGGCAAACGACGACAACGACGGUAACAACAAAAACAACUGACAACAAUAAGUGAUGCGAACGGUUGAACGCUUAGUUGGGGCUUUUGUUGUAAUCACAAACAUUGAUUGAACCUCUCCUCCGCACAGUUAUCACUUGUGAUUUAACGACUCAGCGAACAACAACAUCACCCAUCAUCAGCUUUAACAAGCAACACCAACAACAACACCAUGUGGCUGCUGAUACCGAUUUUGGUGUAUUCCCUGAUCUUCCUCUACGUCAGACACAUCUACAGCUAUUGGCAACGCAAAGGGUUUCCCCACGAAAAGUCAAGUCUCAGCUGGUCAUUUCUGCGGGCCAUCUACCAGCGCGAGUUCCACUACCACGAAGCCAUCAAUGCCUACUACCAAACGGGUAAGGAACGUUUCGUGGGCAUCUAUUGCUUUUUCCGCCCGAUUCUACUGAUCCGUGACCUGUCGCUGGCCCGCACCCUCAUGGAGAAUCAGGCUGGGCAUUUCAACGAUAUCCGCUGGGAGUACGUACGAUCGUAUCGUAAAUACAAUUUAUUGGAAAAGCUAUCACCGUUAUUUGCCGCCAGCCGCUUGGAGGCCAUGUUUCGUAAUAUUGAAAAAGCUGGCGAUCAUCUGGUGAAUAAAUUGAGCUCGACAGUGGCGGCGGGGAUAUCUGCUGAGUCGGCAGAUGGCUGUUGUGCCGUUGAUAUGCAACAAUUGUUGAGAAAUUAUGCCGUUAACGUAAUCGCAAAUCUUAUCUACGGCCUGGACAUUGAUGUUUUCAAACAAACCGAUUCGGUGUUCCUUCAGUAUUCGAAUAAUGCAUUCCAGCGAAGCGGCAUUAAUUCAUAUACCUUCAAUCGCCUGCCAACGAAAUCCUCUCUGACAUAUCGGCUACGUGACAUUGUGCAACAGAAUGUCGAGCUGCGCGAAGAUGGUGCCACCAUCCGUAAGGACAUAAUGCAGCUGUUGGUUAAAUUUCGGAAUGGCAACGACAUUGAGGUGCGGGAAAAAUUCGAUUGGCACAUUGAAAAUGUCUUCGAAAGGGAGAAGAUUAUUUCAAUUAAAAAGGUAGCCCGGAUUGCGGAAUAUUUAUUGGAAAAUGGCAUAACGGCGAUAGCAUCGACGGCAGUAUUUACGCUGUACGAAAUCUUAAAGCAGCCCGAGUUGAUGCAGAAAGUGAGAGACGAAAUAAUGGCGAACAGUGAAACAAAGGAGAAGCAAAAACAGAUUAAUUAUGAACAAUUGAAAAACAUGAAGCUAUUGGAUUUGUGUAUACAAGAAACAACACGCAAAUAUCCCAGUGUCCCCACAAUUGAGAGAACCUGUCGCAAGCCUUAUGCCAUACCGAAUAGCAAACGCACCCUGAAUGAGGGCAAACCGUUUGUCAUACCCUUGCUGGCCAUCCAAAGGGAUGAGAAAUAUUUCCAAGAUCCCAUGGCAUAUAAACCCCAGCGUUUCCUACAGGAUAGCAAUGGUAAUCCGGGAGAGAAAUUCACCGAAUUUGGCCUGGGAGCUAAGACCUGUAUAGCUCAAAAUUUUGUAAAACUGGUGGUGAAAUAUGUUCUGGUGCGACUAUUUUCCAGCUAUCAAAUGAAAUUGAUGCCAAUGACUGAUUUGGAAAUCUGCUAUAACGAUACACCCUAUAUAAGCUCAAGAGAGGGACUUAAGGUAGCGCUGAAAUCGGCGAAAGUUAAAUUUGAAUUAUAAGUUGUGUAUAACGAGAAUUACCGAUAUAAUUAUAAGAGCGAAAACAAUAAACUCGAAGU